CCAAAACACACGUCGUUGUCGCCACGUUUAACAGACAAACAGACGAGCGUUGCUGUUUCUGGUUUUUGUGCGGACGCUCGUGUCCUUACCAGCCAAAUGCGCAACAAGUGUAUCGACUAUACCUACCUCUACGGCACCCCACACCCCGUUGAAAAGUUGGUCAAACAAAUAUCCGAUAGCGCACAAACAAACACACAGAAAUAUGGCCUGAGACCAUACGGUGUCGGUCUUCUUGUCGUUGGGUAUGACACCAAGGCAAGACUCUUCGAGACGUCGCCAAGUGGGUUGUACUACGGCUACAAAGCACAAGCAAUCGGUGCACGUAGUCAAAGUUGCCGAACCUACCUCGAGAAGCAUUUUGAGACCUUUAAAACACUUGACAAGAAUCAGUUGGUCAAGCAAGCGCUAUUGGCGCUGAGGGAGUCCCUCACAACAACCAACGAUAAGUUGAGUGUCACCAACUGCACUGUUGGGGUUGUCGGGAAGGACGAACCUUUCAAAAUUUUGUCGCAAGAAGAGAUGAAAGACCAAAUUGAAGGGCUUGACAGAGUCGACAUGGAGAUGGCACAGCCAGCUGCAGACUAA